AUGUUUCCAUUACGCUUUGUUUUGUUUGCUAUUUUGCAACUUAUCUUUGUUUCCGCAUUCGAUGCUAAUUCGAAGCAAAAUGUUGCCGUCUACUGGGGUCAAGCUUCCGCUGGUUCGCAAGAGUCCCUAGGCACUUACUGUCAAUCCGAUAACGUCGAUAUCGUUCUAUUGUCCUUCCUUUAUUCUUUCCCAGACAACUUGGCUGUGAACUUUGCUUCUGCUUGCACUGAUACAUUUGAAGAUGGUUUGUUGCAUUGCUCCUCUAUUGCCGCUGAUAUCAAGACCUGCCAAGACAAGGGUAAGAAAGUCCUUCUAUCCAUGGGUGGUGCCAUCGGUUCUUAUGGAUUUACCGAUGAUAAACAGGCCGAAGACUUUGCUACUACCCUUUGGAACACUUUUGGUGAAGGCUCUGCUGAUGGCGUUGAGAGACCUUUCGACUCUGCAGUGGUCGAUGGGUUCGAUUUCGAUAUCGAAAACAACAAUCCAAAGGGUUACGCUGCUUUGGCCACCAAAUUGAGAACUUUGUUCUCUAAGGGUACUAAGGAUUACUACAUUUCUGCUGCUCCUCAAUGUUUCUAUCCUGAUGCCUCUGUUGGUGAUGCCUUGGCUAAUGCUGACAUUGACUUUGCUUUCAUUCAAUUUUACAACAACUACUGCAAUGUUGACAAGCAGUUUAACUGGGAUACUUGGACUGACUUUGCUCAAAACACUUCUCCAAACAAAGACAUUAAGCUAUACCUUGGAUUACCAGGUUCCGCCACUGGUGCUGGAUCCGGUUACAUUUCUGAUCUAGGUUUAGUGGAAUCUACAGUUAAGAAGAUCAGUGAAAGCCCUAAUUUCGGUGGUAUCAUGCUAUGGGAUGCUUCUCAAGGAUUCACAAAUACCGUUGAUGGUAAACCAUAUGUUGAACAAAUGAAGGACAUUUUGAACAAAGAUGCUGUCUCUAACUCUGCUGCACCAUCUUCUGCAUCGCAAGCAACCUCUUCCACUUCCACCUCUUCUUCUUCUUCUUCUUCUUCUUCUUCUACUACUACCACUUCUACUUCCACUUCUGUUUCGUCCUCCACUGCUGCCCCUACUACUACUACUGCAUCUUCUUCUUCCUCUUCUAGCUCAUUCUCAUCAACCUUAACCUUGACAUCAGCUAUAACGACUACCUUGAGCAAAAGCACUCUAAGUGUUUCCACUACCACCUCUAACACUAAAACAUCAGAAACAAAGCCUGAAACGAAGACCUUGCAACCAACUACUCCUACUACAACUUCAAUUUCAACACCUGCUCCAACAUCAUCAUCUGUUUCGACUACAAAGGCAACCACAACACUACAACCAACCACUACUCAACAACCAACUACUACUCAACAACCAACUACUACUCAACAACCAACCACUACUCAACCUUCUCAAACUGCCCAACCUUCUGGUUCCUGGGCUGAAAACAGGGCUAAGGAAUUGAAUCAACAAUUCUCUGAAGGUAAGAUGAAUGGAAAAGAUACCUGUUUCGAUGGGGAAAUUUCAUGUGACUCUGUUGGCAAGAUUGCAAUCUGCAAUUACGGAGAGUGGGUUCAUACAGAAUGUGCUGCUGGAACAACAUGUUUUGCAUAUAGUGAUGAUUCAGUUGUCUCUAUAUCCUGUAACUUCAGCUAUUUGAAGGCUGAUUGGACAUUAUAA